ACUCGGUCUCGCUUCCUAAUUCGCCUUAUCGUCUGCCCGAGGUUCGGCCGCCGUCGGGUAGGCGGCCGUUCGGAUGCGGUACGUUUUUGUUUUUUCUAUGUACACCCGUUACAUUUACGCGGCCGCGGCAUACGCGAAACAACGCCGGCGCGACAAAAAAAAAAAAAUAAUAAUAAUCUAAUCGACACGAUUAUAAUUAGAUUGCGAUAUGAUCCGCGUGCGCCGUCCGACUUUCACCGGAGGCCGAAAGACACGCGCUGCCAGAACGGUUAUUACGGUAAAACAAUAUCGAUCUCAAGGCGUCCACGCCGCCGCCGUCGGACCUGUUCGCUCCACAACCUCCGUAGCCAAGGUCUGUUUCCGUCGCAGGCACACGUCGUCGCAUCUCGCGUUUCAGUCUCGUUCCGCCGUCCGCGUCACGUCUACGGGGCCGUUGCGACACGUUCGAACGACGCGCGCCGCCGACGCGAAUUCCGGAUAACUGCCUACCGGCGGCCACUACUGCUGGGACCGGACGAGCGCGCGCCGACACCGACGCCGGCCGCGGUCUCGUCGCCAUGGCGGAUCCGACGGGCCUGCCCGCCGAACCGCUCAAGUUUCUCGUGGAAAUCGCGGUGUUCGCGGCGUUGCUGGUGCCGGGCAUCCUGUUGGCCGGUCUGCGGAAACUGUUGCCGGCUAGACGGAAAUCCGUCGCCGGACAAGUGGUGUUGGUGAGUACCGCGAGUGUAAUCUAGGGGGCUACGCGCAGUGUCGUCGUCGAUUCGGCGUGAAACGCACGUUACCCCCGGACAGCGCCGGCUCUUUUCGGCAUUCGUGGGACGUUUAGGGAAACGGGAGCAAGCACUGCGGCCAUAUUUUUUUUUUUAUUUUUUUUUCUCGGCGUACGGUUAGAAACGCUCGAAAUGGAACGAUUGUCGCGUUACACCGUCGCCGAUCCGAAACAAAUCAUAAUACACCGUUUAAAACGAAAUCACGGGCGACUUUGCCGUACUCUGAAUUCAAAUCAAAUUUAUUCGUAAAUAAACCGCGAAAAACUUACGCGGACUUUCCGAUAAAACGGUAUUUUGUGGGAGUUGCAAAAACGAUUGAAUUUCCACCGCGUUCGCGGAGCACAAUUAGUCUCACGUCUUGAUUAUUUCUCGUUUUAUAUUAAGUAUAUAAACGGAAAAUAUUACGCUCAUGCCGCGCAAGGUACACACACACACACACACACACACACACACCCUGCAGCAUAGUACUCCGGCAUAGGUGUUCCCGCGGAACAUUGUCGGUGCGCGAAUUGUAAUAGUACGUUACUAGCAUUACUACAAUCAUUGUCCGACGAUAACCGCGGACCUAACUACGUGACGCGCCUGACCAUUUCCAUUUAUGCAGUCGCCGGUUACGCAAGAUUCUUUUUACGGCCCGCAUACGGCAACAAAACACGGAAAUAGAUCGAGACCUAACCUUGGGUUAUCGACGUUUUAACAUCAACAACUUCGGUAGCUGGCUUUGCUAACCGGACGGCCGAGGCGAUGUUACUCCUUGCGCGCGGCGACGUUCCAACACCGAUUCCCUUAUCGUAGCACUGGGCAGUUCUGUAUUGCGACUAUAUCGCUCGUAAUUGAGUAUAUAUAUUCAUGUAUAUAUAUAGGUAUCGAAACGCCGGAUAGGUAUUACAGAACUCUAGGUAACCUCGGGAAACCGUGUUCGUACAUAAACGUGUACAAACAAUUAAACGCAAACGAGUAUUUCAAAACAUAACACGAUACUUUAUUUGAACUGACUGGUCUGACUGGUUUUCCUCCGGGCCUUUUCGCAAUAAUAUUUCAAUAAUCAUCUUUUUAAUGAUUUCGAUAAAAUAAACGCAUCCGGCUUCGAUCGCGUAAAACAAUAAUUAUAAUAUAAUAAAAUAUUAUAUUACUAUUGUUAUUGGCGGCUGGAUACCCGGCACAGUGGUUGGACACGUUUCGUUUUGAACAAUACAAAUCAUACUUCGUGUUUUGUUGAUACAUGUUGGUAUUAACUAUGCGCCAACAAAUUUACGGUUUUUCUGAACAAAAGGUCGAGCAAUUAAAUAAGUAGCAUAAAUAAUAGUUACCUAUUAUGAAAUAUAUAAUAUAGAGACUCAUCUUCCUAAUCUCCCACUUUGCACGCGCUACUAGUUUUACAGACUAAAUAAACGCCGUGGUGGAUUCUUUUUAUUUUGAUGGACAAGAAAUCUAGGUAUUGCAGCCACGCCCCCCGACCCAGAAAAUGUCCGGACAAUUUCAAACGCGUUUCGCCAUUUCCUAUCAUUACUGCUGCAUUUUUGAAUGUUAUCCGUUUUCCGUUUUCUAGAACAGUGGUGCGCAACCUUUUUUGAUCCACGACCCCCCAAAAUGAUUUAUUUUGAUAAUACGACCCCCCUUCUUACCAACAUUAUGUAAGUGUAUAAUAUAAAUUUUCUUAAUAGUCUUAAUGUAUACAAACAUUUUAUUCAUAUAAAUUAAAUCNGGUUGUAGAAUAAUUUUUAAAAUAAAACCAUUUUUCAUAAGCAGUUUCGUUAUUUAAUAGCCAGACCUCGUAUGCAUCACCACUAGACUAUGACAACCAAUAAAUGGAAAAUGCAAUAGGUAUUUUUUUUAUUUAAAAUAACACACAUGUUGUAUACCUACUGAUUUCAAAGCGCUAUAACUCAAGAACUAAGUUCAACUGUCCAAUUUUUAUUGAACCACCAUUCUUAACAUAAAAAGCACAUUUGUUUGGUAAAAGAAUGUUGACCCAGCCCAUCCCCUCAUCGACCCUUCUACGUUUAAAACUACUGUUAAAUGAUUAGCGGCAAAAUGGUCUGUGGCUAAACGGUUGCGGUAAAAUGUCUGGAUCCGAUAAUUAUGGGUAUAAGUCUUAUAUUAUAAAUAUUUGUUUUUAAUUAUCUUUAGUGUUGAAAAUGCUGUUUCGCAUAAAUAAGUUGAUGCAAAAGGAAGUAAAAUUGAUAUGGCUUGUUUUGAUAAUUCUGGAUAUUCAAAUUUGAUGGAAUCACAUGCAAUUUCUUGAAAUCUGAUACGUAGAUUUUCAUGUGAUGACAAGUCAAUUAGUUCUUCGCUUAUUUUUAAAUUUCCUAAUUUUAUUUCAUUGAUAUUAAAAUGACAAUUAGUUCUUCGCUUAUUUUUAAAUUCUUCUGGGAAAUCUUCAAACCGUGCAUUAAAGUUUGUUUGUAAACUUCUUAGAUGAGCAGUUAUAAUUUCUUUUAUCAUAUUAAUAUCCACAUCAUAAUCACUGAGGAAUUCUGAUAAAUAUGAAAACAUUUCAAAUUUGUCAUCGUCGAUAUAAUUUUUCCACAGAAGAAUUUUCUUUUUAAAAGCAUGGUUUAAUCAGAAAGAAAUAAAAUAUUAGUAUUUUUCCCUUGUAGGCUUAAAUUUAGACAAUUUAGUUUUUCAAAUAUAUCUGCAAGAUAACUCAGAAUUGCAAGCCAUUGCUCGUUUAAAAAAUGUUCCGAAAGUUUAUCAUUACGUUUCAGAAGAAAAAUUCGUGCUUCAUCUCUGAGUUCAGAAAGGCGUGAUAAUAUUUUACCACGAGACAACCACCUUACUUCAGUAUGAAGAAGCAAUUUUUCAUGGUCAGAACCCAUUUCAUUGCAAAGUAUAGUAAAAAGUCUGGAAUUUAAUGACUUUGAUUUUAUAAAAUUUAUUACACUUAUAGCAUUAAGAAGUACUUUAUUAACAUCUGGUUGAAGUUUUUUGGAAGCUAAAGCUUCUCAAUGAAUCAUACAAUGGCUAAACAUUAUAUUUAAAGACACUUCUAAAAUCUUAGCUUUAAAACCUUUUUUUGAACCAGUAAGGGCAGCUGCGCCGUCAGUGACACACACAUUGNAGCAAUUUUUCAUGGUCAGAACCCAUUUCAUUGCAAAGUAUAGUAAAAAGUCUGGAAUUUAAUGACUUUGAUUUUAUAAAAUUUAUUACACUUAUAGCAUUAAGGAGUACUUUAUUAACAUCUGGUUGAAGUUUUUUGGAAGCUAAAGCUUCUCUAUGAAUCAUACAAUGGUUAAACAUUAUAUUUGAAGACACUUCUAAAACCUUAGCUUUAAAACCUUUUUUUGAACCAGUAAGGGCAGCUGCGCCGUCAGUGCAUACUGACACACACAUUGACCAGGGAAUUUCAUUAAUUUCUAAAAAAUUGUUUAUAAGAACAAAAAUAUCAUUCUAGAGUCUAGAAUAAAACGAAGUAGGUAUCGUAUACUCGUAUGAUUAUUAUUGGAUGAUGGUUUUUGAUGUAAUAAGAUCUUAGUGUAAGGAUUUUCCAUAUCUAUAAAAUAAUAUCUUACAUACCGUUGCUCACCUAAGGCACUUGAUUCUUUCGUUGUUGAAGGAAAAACGUUAUUUUUUAGGGAUCCUCACUAGAGAUGUGAAAACUUAUAGCACUCGCACAUCUUAUAAGCUUAAAAAUAUAUUAUUACCUUAUUACUUGGUUCUUUUUGAACCAAACUCACUUAUUAUCUCACUGUGACUUAAUAAUUGAUAUUUUGAAUUAUAUUUUCUUUAAAUUGUUUUAAAGUACGUUGGCGGAUAAUCUUGUCCAGGGGAAACUGUUUAAACUACCCCCCCCCUAUAAAUACGCCUACGUUGCGUAAGCGUACAUAGUUUCCAAGUUUUAAACAUAUUAAAAAUUACUAAUAUGCAUAUUGUAUACAGUACCAAAUAAAUAUAGGGAAACUUUACCCUAGUGAUGAAGCUGUGCUGCUCACCGAUAUUUUACGACCAUGAAAAUCAAAUUUAAUAGCGAUUUCAUAACGAUUCGCAUCGGAACAGGUUGGGUUUUUUUUUUAUGUAGUAGAUAGUAAUGACACGAUUAAUUCAAACAAAUCGAGUUAAACGAUUUUACACAUAAAAUGCACGAAGGUCAACAAAAAGUUGAUUUCGAAUUAUCUAUAUUUUCUGCUACACCUAUUAUAAAAACUGUAUUAUUUUACAAUCGUCACAUCACUAAAACACUUGUAUCCGACUUACGGCACUAAAGUCUGAGUAAACGGAAAACACUAUAAAUUUAUCAUUACAUUUUAAAGGUUAUGUACUAAGGACGGACAUUUUAUUGUGAAAACAGUGUAAUUUAACGUCAUACGAGACGCGAAUUGAUUGGUUUUUGUACUUACAAAACACAUUUUGGCCGAUAGAGGGAACUUCGUAAGAAAAAUGCAUAACAGUAAAUAAAGAAAAAAAUCGAGAAUUCCAUGCAAAUAAAAAGUGCCCCUACCCUGUAUAAAUUAUAAUAAUAUGAUUGUUAUCUAAGCUAAGCUCGUGUUUUACUUUAUUGAAUGUGAGAAAUAUUUCAAAAAAAAAAAUAAAAAACAACCCCUAUUGGUUAUUAUCGAAUAAAAAAAUAUGUUUCUUUGAACGCCUUACACUAGCCGCAGGCGGUCUAUAUUUAUUUAAAUGUAAUCAAAAAUAUCACUGUUCGGGUUAAACGAAAAACAUCAAGGGUUCGGAUAAUUUAUUUUAAAUAACAAAUUUAUAUACGAACGAGUACGGAACACGCUGCCGUUUAUGGGUUAUUUUCUUAUUCCGCUCCACGUAGAGGUAGACUAAAACAGAAAAAUGUUACCAAUAUAAUAUAUGUGUUGACCAGACAUCUAAUAUAUUUGAGUGAAAGUAUUUAAAUACAAUUUAUCAAAUAUACGUACUGCAAUUACUUCUACGGAAAUUACUCGGUAUUAUACUUUCAAUAUUUUAUAAAAAAAAUUUGUAUUUGAAGUCGAAAACUUAUUUUAAAUAAUUAAUACUAUUAUAGAUUAAACAAUUGUUUUCCGUUUUUCGUUUAAAUUCUGAGCUCAGCUUAGAAUGUAUAUAUAUAUAUAUAGUAUAUAAUGUACAGUUAUAUUAUGAUAUAGGAUUUUUUAUCUGUUCUCUGAUUUUCAUCUAUCUUUCUACUAGUAAAUAUUGCUCCGAUUUUCAAGUACAGUGUUUCUUCUGGAAGCAAAUUGCACUGAAGAGGUCAUUUUUUGAUUCUUCUUUUAGUAUUCCUAAUAAUUAGGAAACGCGUAGAAAAACGGCGAUAAAUGGUUCAAAAAUUUCCAAAAAAAUAAUAAUAAUAAUAUAGGUAUACCCUAAUAAUAAAAUAAAUACAAAACAUAAUAAUGUUUUUCCUUUAGAUCACCGGUGCUGCGCGAGGGUUGGGCCGUCACCUGGCACUGAAGUUCAGCAAAUUAAACGCGAAAAUAGUGUGCGUGGACGUCGAUGAAGAGGGUAACGACGAGACGGCACGGUUAAUUCAAGAAGCCGGCGGUACGGCCAUCAGCUAUAGAUGUGACGUUUCCAAAAGGGAUCAGAUACGAAUUUUGCACGAACGGGUAAAAGAGGACGUGGGUCCGGUAGACGUACUGAUCAAUAACGCCGGUAUUGUGUGGGGUCAUGUGUACGUUGACCCAUCCAAAGAUCAGUUCAUCGUCGAUCAGAUAAACGUAAAUCUAUUGGGACAGAUUUGGGUGAGUACCGGUUGAUACUCGCCAUGUAAAUCAGGGAUAGCCGGUUUCCUUUAAAAACGUACCUUUCCCUUUUCUGCCGAUUCGCGUUUCCGCCAAAUCAUAAAAUUGGUCGAUUCUCUUUUCCGUCAAAAUCAUACCAUUUCCUCUUCCGCCAAAUGACACAGUUUAGUUUAACAUUCGAAUAUCAAUGGACAAUUUUAUACAUUACAAUUAUUAAUUUAAUUAAUUAAAAAUGAGUACGUUUUUUCAUUAUUAAUGUACGACAAAAAUGUUAUUUAUUGAAUAUAAGUUAAAAAUAUUUGUUAAUACUCACAGUGAUUGUUCUUACCACAUUUUUUAUUCAAAAAAUAAGUUCAAAGUUCAAACUUGUAUUUAUUAUUAUUUUUCCACCGUAUACAAGAUAUCUAUAAAAUACCACCGUUAAUUCGCCCAAUGAUAAAUUUCGCGCUGAUUAUCGUACUUCCUUAACACUAUCGAUUAUGUUGCUAAUCUGGAUUUGUUGAUACAGUUAUACGGUAUGUACGAAACUAUUGAACCGAACCGCAUUGUCAACAGUAAAAUAUAUUUUUUAUAAUACAAUAAUUUAUGACACAAUCGUCCAUUAAUAUUCGAAUAUUAGAUUCACUUUUUCGUCAGUGUUGAGCAAAAGAAAAAAGACCCGUUUUUCAAUAACAUAUGAAUAUAUUUUUGAAGAUAAAUAACGAGAUUAAGUUUAUAACCAAUGGACUAAAAAUGUAUUUACAAUGUUUGAUCUCAAAAAAAUAUGUCCAUAUCAAAACAUUUCUUCAGACCCUGCUGAACAUUUACUUUGUAACGUAUACAUAAUGUUGGUAACUUCAAUAUUUUGCAACGUUUGUAAAAAAAAAAAAAAAAAUGUAAUAAUAUUUAUUUGAUAUUUUACUAUCUAAUAAUAUAUCUUAUAAACGUUUACGUUGUAUUCGAGGGGUACGAUUAUACGUAUGUCGUAUACAUUGUUAUAUUUAUUGUUUUCAAGUGCGUUAUUAUCGUGCUUCUAAACUUGAUUUGUACGUUUUUCGAAAACCAAUUUUGUCCGGCUAUUGUUCGCGUAUAUUACAAGUAGCUGAGUGGACAAUAAUAUUAUUAUAAUCUAAAAAAUCUCUAAUAUUUUACUAUUCUAUUCGUAGAUGAACCGAGAGAUAUUGCCUUCGAUGAUGGAAAGAAACAGCGGGCACAUCGUAGCCAUUUCGUCGAUGUCUUCGUUAACCGGAGUGCCUAAUAUCACCACAUACACUACAUCCAAAUGGGGUAUCAACGGUAAAAAGAAAUAAAUAAAAGAAUAAUGUUAUUUUCCACUUUCGGAUUAUCGCACAGCUGCAGUACGUGCAAAUGUAAAACCACGGGAAAUCUCUUGCGUACACGCGCUUUAAUUUCGAUAUUUGUUUUUUUUCUUAGGUAAUCCAAAAAAAACAAAUUAAACAAUACCACGAUCUUAAAGAUGAAAAUUAAAAUCUGUUGAAAAACUUUCGUGGUCUAAAUCAAAAACGAAAUUUAUAUAACAGGGUCGUUUAACCUGGCAAGCAUCUUAACACGUAUAAAUUUUAAUACUGCAGAUAAUAUUUAUUUAAAAACAGCCGUAUUAGUGUUACCACCUCACAUGUCGAUUAUUGUUUUAGUAUUAGUAUUCAUUUUGUUAAGUUAUUUAUUGGAACGAAUCAUCCAGGCAGAAAACUUGUUGACAGACACAAAAGAAAGCGCGUUGUAGUAACACUAACACAUUCCUCCCUACGGUCGGAGUCUAAUUUAAUACGCAUACAAAUAUCACGAUAAAUACCUAUAUCUAAUAAAACUGUACCAUCACACGAUAGGAUAAAUGAUAUUAUGUAUAGUGAAAAAAUGAUGAUGGUAAUUUUUUUGUUCGUUUCGUUUAAAAACACUAUUAUUUACUCUGCAGGUAUGAUGGAAAGUUUGGACAACGAGUUGAAAGAAUUCAAUUCCGCCGUAAAAACCUCGACGGUAUUGCCGUACUUUGUCAAAACUAAUCCGAAAGUUUCGGCGUUAUUAGAUAUCAGGUACGUUUAUACAAUUAUAAUCUAUUAUUGUAAUAUAGUUACUUUUAAAAUACCUUUUUUUUUUUUUUUUUUUUAUUUACCAAGCAAACCAUCAUAUUAAUGUGUUAAUGUACAAUAGAAAAAUCAAUAAUUUUAUUUUUAGGUUUCCCGAAUUAUCUGUGGAUUCCGCCGGCGAUAUUAUAGUAAAAGGAAUACUGGAAGAAAAAAGAAUAUUCUCUGUCCCCGGGCACAUGUUGUUCGGUUUUUCGUUAGUAAGGUAAAUAAUAAUAAUAUGUAUGCGUAUAAAAACUACCCACUUGUUUGCUUUGAAAUGCAUCACUUAAAAACAAAUAUUAUUGUAUUAUAAAUAGGUAUUAAAAAAAAAAAACACAUUUUCUCUUUCACAGGUUGUUACCCGACAAUUUACAAACAUUAUUCAAAAAUAUAUUUUACGUGAAUAUCCUCACAGAACCGUCGGCCGAUCCGAUCAUAAACAAAUACAAACGAAAAAUAGCGUGAUCGCUGUAUUUAAAGGCGUAAAUCAUUUGCGCAUCAAAAUGUUUAACGACGGAGGGCUGAAAGGUGUUAGGAUUACCCGAAACCACAAAUUGAUCCUCGGCUUUCAGUUUACAUAUUCAGUAUAAAUAAAUUUCAAAUGUAUCGAACACUAGAAAUCGUUUUUAAAUAUAAGUAUUGUAGGACGCAUAAAAGGUAUACGGUAUUUCUGUUUUAAAAAUAUAAUAUAUAUAUAUAUAAUUAUUACAUCGAUAAUCGCGCUUGAUUUGUAACAACGGCCCAAGCCAACCAGAUAUUGUCAAAUAAUAUAACUGGGCGUAUCUAGGUGAUAUGACUAUUAACAAUCGAUAUUUAACUUUGAACCGGUGAGGUUUGUGUUAAAUGUUAAAAACGUUGAAACGUGUAAAUUCAAAUUUAAAAAUGAUACACGCUUUAUGUAUUAUAGGUAAAAAAAACAUUAAUGGACAGGAAAAUUAUGUUUAAUUAAGUGUCCAAAGAAAAAUCGUCACGCAUCGCGACUUUGUACUUUUUAAUAUUUUUUUAUUAUUAUUUAUUUAUUUAUUAUUUUUUUUCAACCUACCUAUUUUAAACGGACGGUGCGCAAAUGACUGCCGGUAUUUAAUAGUUAAGUAUAUAUUUAUAAUUUAAUAUAUUUAUUAAAGCUACCCUCAUAGUAGAUUCAUGGUACAUGACACUAUAAGACAGUGGCGUAAGAUAACGAAUUCCAAUAUUUAAUAAAUUGUGAUUAACAACAUGUCAUGUAUCCCCUAACAGUCAAUAAUUAUUAAAAAUAAUACCAAACUUUCUAAAAAAAAACAGUCAAACUUCAAAC